GCGCUGCGGCAUAGAAGAACAAAUAUUAGAAAACAAAAGAAGAUUGCAAGAAACGAAUCAAUAACAAGAAAAAUAGUGAGAAAAAAGAAGCUAGAAAAUGGCGGAAGGGGCAGAGCAUGGCGUCGUGGGUCUAAAACCACCAGAAAAGCUACUAAACCAAGACUUUAAAAAGUGGAAACAAAGGUUCGAGUUGUAUAGAAAGGCUAGUGGAGCUGACAAGAAGGAGGAUCAAAUACAGGUAGCAUUACUACUGCACUGCAUGGGCGAGGCUUGUAUAGAUAUUUACAACACGCUCAAUCUUGAUGAAACAGCUACAUAUAUUGAAGUGAUUGCGGCAUUUGAGAGUUAUUACAUACCUAAAAAGAACGAGAGUGUGAAUUCUCACAUGUUUUUCACUAGAAAUCAACUUGAGGGGGAGAAUUUUGACAAUUACUUAACAGAAUUAAGAAAAUUGGCCAAAGAAUGUGACUUUGGUACACUAGAAGAUAGAUUAAUAAAAGAUAAGAUUGUAUCAGGUGUCUACAAUAAAAAACUGACAGAUAGAUUACUCCGGGAACCUGAUUUGUCACUAACAAAAGCGAUAAAUAUAUGUAAAGCAGCAGAGCUAGCUAAUGAACAAGUCAAACAAAUACAAGGAAAAAGCUCAGUAGAAAAAACAGAGGUGCAGGUCAUUAAGAAGAAAUCAAUAGCAAGAAAAGAGCAAGCAUCAACCAAUGGCAGUAAAGGUGGCGGUUCAAGCGGAUCUACUUACCAUCAUCAAGCAUCAGCAGGUACCAGUAAGAGCAGUUCAAGUGGAUCUACUUACCAUCAUCAAGAAAGCAGACAUCAUGCAGAGUGCUACAGGUGUGGCUACAGUCAUGAAAGGAAUAAGUGUCCAGCGUAUGGAAAAACUUGCAGCAAAUGCGGCAAGCUGGGACAUUUUAUUAGGAAGUGUAGAUGGAAUAAGAUAGGUACAGUAAGAGUACAAUAUUAUGGUAAUACAAAUCCUGAAGAUCAAGGCACGAGUGACAGUGAUUCACAAGAGAUAGACAUUUCAAUGGUUAGCAAUAAGAAAAGCAAAAGUAGUAGUUGGUAUGAAAAUGUCCAUUUUGUGGAGCAGAAUAAAGAUAUCAAAUUUAAGCUUGAUAGUGGAGCUGGUUGCAAUAUAAUACCCAGAUCUUUAUGCCACAAAAUGAACAUUUUUCACUUUGAAAAAUCAAAUUGUCAUUUGACAAAUUAUAGUGAAGAAAGCAUUUCUACAGUUGGUGAACUUAACUUGAAGUGUAAAAUAUUAAACAAAGAGUGCGUUAUAAACUUACAAACUCAGGCUCUCAAUUUACCAGCCAUGAAUUUAAGAAAUUUGCCAAUGAUUGGACAUUUGAGCAUAAAAUUAUUAGUCCAAAGCACCAUCAAGGAAAUGGUUUAG